AUGUCUAAAUCAUUAAUUAAAGGUGUAUUAGACUUAGAUCCUUGGUUAGAACCAUUUGCACCACAAUUAAUCACAAGACAACAAGAAUUAGGAAAAUGGUAUUCUGAAUUAUCUAAAACCGAAGGUGAUUUAUUAAAAUUUGCAGACUCAUAUAAAAAAUAUGGUUUACAUUAUAAUGGGAAAGAAUAUUCAAUCUUUCAAUACAUUCCAGAUGUUGAGGAAGUGUCGAUUGUUGGUGAUUUUAACAAUUGGGAUUUAAAUUCUCAUAAAUUGAAUAAAUUAGAUUUUGGUCAUUGGUCAUUAACAUUCACUACAAAUAUCCCCAAUGAUUCAAAUUAUAAAAUUGCAAUGAGGCUCAAAUCUGGUGAAUGGAUAUAUAGAUUAGAUUCGUGGGUUAAGCGUGCAGUCUACUCAAAAGAACAUAAUUUAUACGAAGGUAGAUUUUGGCAAGGCCAUUAUGAAUAUAAACAUGAGAGACCAAAAGGAUUAAAUAAAGAAGGUAUUAAAAUUUAUGAAGCUCAUAUCGGUAUAUCUACACCCGAACCAAAGGUAGGUAGUUAUAAAAAUUUUACAAAGAAUAUCUUACCCAAAAUUCAUCAAUUGGGAUAUAAUACAAUUCAAUUAAUGGCAAUUAUGGAACAUGCAUAUUAUGCAUCUUUUGGAUAUCAAAUCACGAGUUUUUUUGCAAUUAGUUCUAGAUUUGGAACUCCACAGGAAUUACAAGAAUUAAUUGAUACUGCUCAUGGAUUGGGAAUACAAGUAUUUUUAGAUGUUGUUCAUUCACAUUCGAGUAAAAAUGUAGAAGAUGGGAUAAAUAUGUUUAAUGGGACUGAUUAUUAUUUAUUUCAUGGUGGUUCUAAAGGAGAACAUUCAUUAUGGGAUUCAAGAUUGUUCAACUACUCCAACUAUGAAACUCUCAGAUUUCUUUUAUCUAAUUUGAAAUUUUUCAUUGAUGUUUAUAAAUUUGAUGGAUUUAGAUUUGAUGGUGUUACCUCUAUGUUAUAUAAACAUCAUGGAUUAAGUUAUGGAUUCAGUGGAAAUUAUAAUGAAUAUUUUAAUGAUGAAUUAGUUGAUAAUGAAGCUAUUAAUUAUUUAAUGCUUGCAAAUAAAUUAUUAGAAGAAAUUUCAAAAGAGGAGAAGAUAGAUUUGACUACUAUUGCAGAAGAUGUUUCAGGUAUGCCUACUUUAUGUAGACCAUUAUCAGAUGGUGGAAUUGGAUUUAAUUAUAGACUUUCAAUGGCUAUUCCAGAUAUGUGGAUUAAAAUAUUAAAACAUUUAAAUGAUGAACAAUGGGAUUUAGCUAAUAUUUGUUUUACAUUGACUAAUAGAAGACACGGGGAGGAUUGUAUUGCAUAUUGUGAAUCUCAUGAUCAAGCAUUGGUAGGUGAUAAGACAUUAGCUUUUUGGUUGAUGGACAAAGAAAUGUAUAGUAACAUGUCUGUAUUAUCUGAAUUAACACCAGUUAUAGAUCGUGGUAUUGCAUUACAUAAAAUGAUUAGAUUGUUGACUUAUGCUCUUGGUGGUGAAGGAUAUUUAAACUUUGAAGGGAAUGAAUUUGGUCAUCCUGAAUGGUUAGAUUUUCCAAGGGAGGGAAAUAAUGAAAGUUAUCAUUACGCAAGAAGACAAUUUAAUUUGAUUGAUAAUGAUUUAUUAAGAUAUAAAUUUUUAUAUAAUUUUGAUUGUGAUUUUAAAAUUAAUGUUUUAAAUUCACCACAAGCUUAUGUUUCAUUAAAACAUGAAGGUGAUAAAGUAAUUGUAUUUGAAAGAAAUGAGUAUUUGUUUAUUUUUAAUUUUAAUCCAACCCAAUCAUUUCCAGAUUAUAAAAUUGGUGUUGAAUUACCCGGUACUUAUAAAAUUGUAUUAAAUUCAGAUGAUGAGAUUUAUGGUGGUCAUAAUAGAAUAACAAAUUACAGAGAAUUGGAAUUCAAGACUAAUGAUGAACCUUGGAAUAAUCGUUCAAAUUCAUUAAUGAUUUAUAUACCUUGUAGAACUGCGUUAGUAUUACAUAGAUAA